AUGGCACAGCAGGAUGGUGCUGCCAAGAAGAACCCUGCUGUUGGGGCAUUGCCCUCUCACUUCGUUGUGGGAUCAGUGUCAGAGGAGAACUCAGAGGAUGAAAUCCCAGGGAAGCCUGACUUGCAGCUGGAGGAAAAGGAGACUCGGUCCUUGUCCCCGUCCUCCGGUAGCUCAGACAGCACCUAUGAAAUGGGAUUUGACCACAUUGAUGGCCCCAUACAGAAUCUAAGGCCAAGCAUGUCAGGGCUGCACCUGGUGAAGCAAGGCAGAGAUCGCCGGCGGAUUGAUCUCCAGAGGGACUUCACUGUGGCUUCUCCUGCUGAAUUUGUCACCCGCUUUGGUGGCAACAAGGUUAUUGAGAAGGUGCUCAUUGCCAACAAUGGCAUUGCAGCGGUCAAAUGCAUGCGCUCCAUCCGCCGCUGGGCCUAUGAGAUGUUUCGCAAUGAAAGGGCAAUCCGGUUUGUUGUAAUGGUGACCCCAGAGGACCUGAAGGCCAAUGCAGAGUACAUCAAAAUGGCUGAUCAUUACGUGCCUGUGCCAGGAGGGACUAAUAACAACAACUAUGCAAAUGUAGAGCUCAUUCUGGACAUUGCUAAACGCAUACCUGUUCAGGCAGUGUGGGCUGGCUGGGGUCACGCUUCAGAGAACCCCAAACUCCCAGAGCUGCUUCAAAAGAAUGGCAUUGCUUUUAUGGGUCCCCCAAGUCAGGCUAUGUGGGCUCUAGGAGACAAGAUUGCCUCUUCUAUCGUGGCUCAGACAGCUGGCAUUCCAACCCUGCCCUGGAGCGGCACAGGCCUGACAGUAGAAUGGACAGAGAACAACCAAAAGAAGAGAAUCAUCAACGUUCCUACUGACAUCUAUGAGCUUGGCUGCAUCCAGAAUGUUGAGGAAGGCCUUAAGGCUGCAGAGAAUGUUGGCUACCCUGUAAUGGUGAAGGCCUCAGAGGGAGGUGGAGGAAAAGGCAUCCGUAAAGUCAACUCUGCUGAUGAUUUCCCUAACCUCUUUAGACAGGUCCAGGCAGAAGUUCCGGGAUCCCCUAUUUUCGUCAUGCAGCUAGCCAAGCACGCACGCCACCUAGAAGUCCAGAUCUUGGCUGAUCAAUACGGCAAUGCCAUUUCCCUGUUUGGCAGAGACUGUUCUGUGCAGCGACGGCACCAGAAAAUUAUAGAGGAGGCUCCUGCUACCAUCGCCACUAGUGAUGUGUUUGAGGAUAUGGAAAGGUGUGCAGUGAAGCUGGCUAAGAUGGUGGGGUACGUCAGUGCAGGUACAGUGGAGUACCUCUACAGCCAGGAUGGCAGCUUCUAUUUCCUAGAACUCAAUCCUCGUCUGCAGGUGGAACACCCCUGUACUGAGAUGGUGGCCGAUGUCAACUUGCCUGCUGCCCAACUGCAGAUUGCUAUGGGUAUUCCUCUUCAAAGGAUCAAAGACAUCAGGAUGCUUUAUGGGGUCCAGCCCUGGGGAGACUCUCCCAUUGACUUUGAGGGUCUGUCGACGGCCCCCUCCCCACGGGGCCAUGUCAUUGCUGCACGCAUCACCAGUGAAAAUCCUGAUGAGGGUUUCAAGCCAAGCUCCGGAACAGUACAAGAGCUUAAUUUCCGCAGCAAUAAGAACGUGUGGGGCUACUUCAGCGUUGCAGCGGCUGGUGGGCUGCAUGAGUUUGCUGACUCCCAGUUUGGACACUGUUUCUCUUGGGGAGAGAAUCGGGAAGAAGCCAUCUCCAACAUGGUGGUGGCUCUGAAGGAGUUGUCUAUCCGUGGAGACUUCAGGACCACAGUGGAAUACCUCAUUAAGCUGCUGGAGACAGAAAGCUUUCAGCACAACAGCAUUGACACAGGCUGGCUGGACAGGCUGAUCUCAGAGAAGAUGCAGGCGGAGCGUCCUGAUACCAUGCUGGGAAUCGUGAGCGGGGCUCUGCACGUGGCAGACGUCAGUCUGAGGAACAGUGUGUCCAACUUUUUGCAUUCUCUGGAAAGGGGCCAGGUGCUGCCGCACACACUGCUCAACACUGUGGAUGUGGAGCUGAUCUAUGAAGGUAAUAAAUACGUCCUGACAGUGACACGCCAGUCUCCCAACUCCUAUGUGGUCAUCAUGAACAACUCCUCUGCUGAGGUGGACGUCCAUCGGCUCAGUGAUGGAGGUCUAUUGCUGUCUUACGAUGGAAGUAGCUACACUACCUACAUAAAGGAAGAGGUGGACAGGUAUCGCAUCACAAUUGGGAACAAGACUUGUGUUUUUGAAAGGGAGAAUGAUCCUUCACUGCUACGAUCACCUUCAGCGGGAAAACUUAUCCAGUACACAGUUGAGGAUGGCGGGCAUGUGUUUUCUGGCCAGUGCUAUGCUGAAAUAGAGGUGAUGAAGAUGGUAAUGACCCUCACAGCUGGGGAGUCUGGUUGUAUUCACUAUGUGAAGAGGGCUGGAGCAGCACUAGAGCCUGGCUGUGUCAUUGCCAAGCUGCAACUGGAUGACCCAAGCAGAGUGCAACAGGCAGAGCUGCACACAGGGGCUCUGCCUUCUAUCCAGGCAGUAGCCCUGAGAGGGGAGAAGCUACACAGAGUCUUCCACAACACACUGGAUCAUCUUGUUCACAUAAUGAAUGGCUACUGUCUUCCUGAGCCUUUCUUCAGUGCUAAGUUGAAAGAGUGGGUGGAAAGGUUGAUGAAAACCAUGCGCGAUCCCUCUUUGCCACUGUUGGAGCUUCAAGACAUUAUGACUAGUGUGUCUGGUCGUAUCCCCCCUGCUGUGGAGAAGGCCAUCAAGAAGGAGAUGGCUCAGUAUGCGAGCAACAUCACCUCUGUGCUCUGCCAGUUCCCCAGCCAGCAGAUUGCAAACAUCCUGGACAGUCAUGCUGCUACACUUAACAAGAAGUCUGAAAGAGAAGUCUUCUUUAUGAACACACAAAGCAUUGUUCAGCUGGUGCAGAAAUAUCGCAGUGGCAUCAGAGGUCACAUGAAGGCGGUGGUGAUGGACUUGCUCAGACAGUACCUGAAAGUUGAGAUCCAGUUUCAGAAUGGACACUACGACAAGUGUGUGUUUGCACUGCGUGAAGAAAACAAAGGUGACAUGGCCAAUGUCCUCAACUAUAUCUUCUCCCAUGCUCAAGUGACUAAGAAGAACCUGCUGGUUACUAUGUUGAUUGACCAGCUUUGUGGCCGUGAUCCCACAUUGACAGAUGAACUGAUGGCCAUCUUGACUGAACUCACCCAGCUCAGCAAGACAACCAAUGCCAAGGUGGCGCUGCGUGCCCGGCAGGUAUUGAUAGCUUCCCACCUCCCCUCGUAUGAGCUACGACACAACCAGGUGGAGUCCAUCUUCCUCUCUGCCAUUGAUAUGUACGGACACCAAUUCUGCAUUGAGAACCUGCAGAAACUGAUUCUUUCAGAAACUUCCAUCUUUGACGUUCUGCCCAACUUCUUCUACCACAGUAAUCAGGUAGUCAGGAUGGCUGCCCUUGAGGUGUAUGUUCGCAGAGCAUACAUUGCCUAUGAGCUCAACAGUGUUCAGCAUCGACAGCUGAGGGACAACACAUGUAUAGUAGAGUUCCAGUUCAUGCUUCCCACCUCGCACCCGAACAGAGGGAACAUCCCCACUCUAAACAGGAUGUCAUUCUCAUCCAACCUAAAUCACUAUGGCAUGGUGCACGUAGCCAGCGUCAGUGACGUUCUGCUCGACACAUCUUUUACACCACCUUGUCAGCGCAUGGGAGCCAUGGUCGCUUUCCGGUCCUUCCAGGAGUUCACCAGGAACAUAUCGGACAUGUUGAGCUGCUUCUCUGACUCUCCUCCCCCAAGUCCAACCUUCCCAGAGGGAGGUAAUCCUGUCCUGUAUGGCGAAGAGGACAAUAAGAGUGUCCAGGAUGAGCCUAUCCAUAUCCUGAAUGUGGCCAUCAAGACUGACAGCGACAUUGAUGACGAUGGCCUGGCAGCCAACUUCCGAGAGUUCACUCAGUCAAAGAAAUCUCUGCUGUUUGAACAUGGCAUCCGUAGGUUGACUUUCCUUGUGGCUCAGAAGGAUUUCAGGAAGCAAGUCAACUGUGAGGUGGACCAAAGGUUUCAUAGAGAAUUCCCCAAAUUUUUCACAUUCCGUGCCAGAGACAAGUUUGAGGAGGACAGGAUCUAUCGUCAUUUGGAGCCUGCACUAGCUUUCCAGUUGGAGCUCAACCGCAUGCGCAAUUUUGCCCUAACUGCCAUCCCAUGUGCCAACCACAAGAUGCACCUGUACCUGGGUGCAGCCCGUGUGGAGGUGGGCACCGAGGUGACGGACUACCGUUUCUUUGUGCGAGCCAUUAUCCGUCACUCUGAUCUGGUCACAAAGGAGGCAUCUUUUGAAUACCUUCACAAUGAGGCAGAGCGUCUGCUGCUGGAAGCCAUGGAUGAGCUGGAGGUGGCUUACAACACGACUGUACGAACUGACUGUAACCACAUAUUCCUCAACUUUGUCCCCACAGUCAUCAUGGACCCAUCAAAGAUUGAGGAGUCUGUGCGCUCCAUGAUGCGUUACGGCAGCCGCCUGUGGAAGCUGCGCGUCCUGCAGGCUGA